AUGCGGCUGCUGCUCGAGGCAGCAGUUCUGUGCCUCACCCUGGCCUUGGGGAAGUGCACUGAGGAAGCAGCACAGGAGGACAAUGGCCACCAAGCUGCACAGGCAGAGUCAUCCUAUUCCGACUGGGGCAUCGAGACCAUCCGUGAUGGCUUCGAAACCGUCAACAGCUACUUCGACUCCUUCUUGGAGCUGCUUGGGGGCAAAAAUGGGGUUUGCCAGUACAGGUGUCGAUAUGGGAAGGCUCCGAUGCCACGACCUCACUACAAGCCCCAAGAACCCAACGGCUGUAGCUCCAAUUUUCUGGGGCUCAAGGUACCAGAAAGUCUAGAUUUGGGCAUCCCUGCUAUGACCAAGUGCUGCAACCAGCUGGAUGUUUGUUACGAUACCUGCGGGGCCAACAAGUACCGCUGCGACGCCAAGUUCCGCUGGUGCCUCCACUCCAUCUGCUCCGACCUCAAGCGCAGCCUUGGCUUUGUCUCCAAGGUGCAAGCCUGUGAGUCCGUGGCAGACACCGUGUUCAACGCCGUGUGGACGCUGGGCUGCAGACCCUUCAUGAACAGCCAGCGCAGCGCCUGCAUCUGCAGCGAGGAAGAGCGAGAUGAGCUGUGA